UGUUAGUUAAGCUCGUGCUGCAAAAUAAUUGCAGCUAUUUCUGUUUUAGUUAAUGUUUAUUUUAUUUAAUCUGAUAGAUUAUAGUGGUUAUGGAAGAUUAUUUCUGGCCAAGUCUUUUCCUAUUUGUUAGGCAAGUUGGUUUAGUGGGUAUGUAACCCACGUUUGUAGUUUUUCAGUUUGUUAUUCCUAUUAUAAAUCAAUGGCAGCAGCCUGAGAAAUGCAGGGCAAUUUUUCACUGCUAAUUCCUUUGUUUUGCUUACUAGUCUGCACUAACUUUUAUUCCUGCUGCAACAACAGUUGGUAUCAGAGCCGUUGGUUUGAGAUCCAAGACUCAAUAGUCGUUCGGUGUUUGAUCUGUUGCAGAAAAAUGGUAGGAAGGGGUGCAGAAUGGCCAAAACUUGGUGGAGGCAGUGAUACACACAUAGUGGAACGAGUAAUCCGAGAGAGUGACGGAGCAGCACACUAUCCAACUCUCACUCGAACCAACUAUGGAGACUGGACGAUCCUCAUGAAGGUACAACUUCAGGCGCAAGGCCUGUGGGAUGUGAUCGAGGAAGGCCCAGGGGAAAUACUUGAUGACCGACGGGCAAUGUCGGCACUACUCCGGGCAGUCCCGCCUGAGUUGGUGCGUACCCUAGGAGUCAAAGCAACAGCCAAGGAAGCAUGGGACACGCUCAAAACUAUGAGAGUCGGGGUGGAGCGUGUUCGAGAAGCAAAAGCUCAAACAUGCUGGACAGAGUUUGAGGCGCUAGCUUUCAAGGAUGGCGAAGGGGUCGAGUCUUUUGGCAUUCGACUCACUGCCAUCAUGAACGACCUACAGGUACUGGGAGAUCCACUAACGGAGCACAAGGCAGUGCAGAAAUUCUUACGCAGUGUGCCGAGGAAAUACAAACAAAUGGCGAUGGCAAUAGAAUCACUGGUGGACUUGAAAACUCUGUCCAUUGAGGAACUGACUGGCCGGCUACGGGUGGUGGAAGAACGCGGUGAUCUUGAUGACUCCACACAUGCUGGAGGGCGCUUGCUUCUCACAGAGGAGGAGUGGAAAGCUAGACAACGAGGGAAAGACUUGCCUGGUGGCAUAGACAAGAAGAACAAGUCUAUGACCAAGCAGAAAUCACCAACUGGGAGCAAGGGAAAAUCAUCAAGCAGUGGUGGGAAUGAACGUAAGAAAGGGAAUUGUCAUUAUUGUGGGAUCCCGGGGCAUUGGAAAAGGGAGUGUCGAAAGGCAAAGCGUGACCGUGAACAGCAAGAACACGUCAAUCUCACUCAAGUCGAGGCAGAAGGAAUUGAUGAUCCAGCCUUACUCAUGGUACAGAUUGAGGCACUCGAUGUUGUUGCUCAGCAAGUGUACUUGAAUGAGGAGAAGGUGGUGCCUGUAGACGCGGGUGAUGGGGCAUGGUAUCUCGAUACCGGUGCUAGCAGCCACAUGACUGGAGACAAGAAAGCAUUCAAAACGCUUGAUGAAACGGUGCAUGGGACAGUCCGAUUUGGCGAUGGAUCAGUGGUGAACAUUCGUGGCAGAGGCGCGGUAAUGUUCAAGUGUCUCACAGGUGAUCAUCGCAUCCUUUCGGAUGUGUAUUACAUCCCCAGUUUACGUAGCAACAUCAUAUCUCUUGGGCAACUUGAUGAGAACGGAUGCAGGAUUAUAAUCGAAGGAGGAGUUCUCUGCAUCCUCGAUAGAGCCAGAAAGGUGUUGGCUCAAGUCACCAGAACACAGAACCGGCUGUACAUGCUACACUUGAACCUAGCAACUCCGGUAAGCUUGUUGAUUAAGAAGGAUGAUGAAGCCUGGCUAUGGCAUGCCCGGUUUGGCCAUCUUCACUUUCGAGCACUGCAAACUCUCUCAAAGAACCAGAUGGUGACAGGAAUUCCAGUUAUUGAGCAUGUGGAGGAGUUAUGUGAUGGGUGCUGCAUCGGGAAGCAACACAGGAAUCCAUUCCCUCGAGUCUCGAAUUACCGUGCAAGGGAGCCUUUGGAGUUGGUGCAUUGUGAUCUUUGUGGGCCGAUCACACCUUCAACCGCAGGAGGAAAGAGGUAUUUUCUUCUUGUAGUUGAUGAUUACAGUCGUUUUAUGUGGGUUGAACUUCUUGCAACAAAGGAUGAGGCAUUGCGGUGCUUCAAGAAAAUCAAGGCAGUAGCUGAGGCAGGACGGGAAUGUAAACUACGUGCAUUUCGUUCUGACCGAGGUGGAGAAUUCAACUCAUGCGAGUUUGCUGAGUUUUGUAAUCAGAAUGGGAUCAAGCAUAACACCACUGCAGGUUACUCUCCACAACAAAACGGUGUAGUAGAGAGGCGUAACCAAAUGGUGGUUGAGAUGGCACGGUGUUUGAUGAAAACCAUGGCAGUUCCUGGAAUAUUUUGGGGCGAAGCAGUGAAGACGGCGGUGUAUAUACUCAACAGGGUUCCCACGAGAAGCCUAGUUGGAGUAACACCAUAUGAAGCGUGGCAUAAUCGGAAGCCGAAUGUACAUCAUCUCAGAACAUUCGGAUGUGUUGCACAUGUGAAAAGGUUGGGUCCCAAUGUUGACAAGUUGGCUGAUCGUUCAAUCUUGGGAGUCUUCACAGGCUAUGAGGAAGGUGCAAAAGCCUACCGAGUGUAUGAUCCAAUCAAAGACCGGAUGCAUAUCACAAGGGAUGUACUGUUUGAAGAAAGCAGGGCUUGGUAUAUGGAGAAUUCUGACAGCAAGAAUCAUACAGAACCAAGAACUACGUUCACCGUAGUCUAUACGACAGAAGAAAGCACCGUUCCACCACCAGAACCUACCAUGACAGAGGGUGAACCAAAGACGCCUGAACCAGCCACUAUGGAUACUCAGUCAGCAACACCAACCACUCAGAGAGAUGAUGUUGACACUGACUCAGCUCCCCGACGCUACCGGCUGAUUUCAGACAUCUAUAACGCCUCCGAAGAAGUCAUUGCUGCAGAAGAUGGUGAGCUUUGCCUCGUGACAGUUGAAGAGCCAACAAAUGUUGAACAGGCGAUGUCAAAUACAUCCUGGAGGAAUGCUAUGGAGGAGGAAAUGAGGUCCAUCAUCGAAAACAAAACAUGGGAACCUGUGUCACUCCCAGCUAACCAGAAGGCCAUUGGGUUGAAGUGGGUUUUUAAGGUGAAAAGGGACCCAGCUGGAAACAUUGUCAAGUACAAGGCGAGAUUGGUAGCGAAAGGCUAUGCACAACGACAGGGGGUGGACUAUGAAGAGGUAUUUGCACCGGUGGCUAGAAUGGAAACGGUUCGGCUGCUUCUAGCUCUGGCUGCACAUGGAAAAUGGGAAGUGCACCACAUGGAUGUCAAAUCAGCCUUCCUGAAUGGAGACCUUGCGGAGGAUGUAUACGUAGAGCAACCACCUGGUUUUAUUGAUGGUGCAAACGCAGGAAAGGUACUCAAACUCCGAAAGGCAUUGUAUGGACUUAGGCAAGCUCCCCGUGCAUGGAACGCAAAGCUGGAUGUUUCACUCAGUUCUCUUGGCUUUAAAAAGUGUCCAUCGGAGCAUGCUGUGUAUCGCAGAGGUAACAAAAGUUCCUUUUUACUCGUUGGUGUGUAUGUGGAUGAUUUAAUCAUCACAGGAACGAGUGUGAAGGAUAUUGUAGAGUUCAAGGUUCAGAUGAAAGCAACAUUCAAAAUGAGUGACCUCGGACUUCUUUGCUACUAUCUGGGAAUUGAGGUACACCAGAGGAAUGGAGAAAUUACAAUGAAUCAAGGUGCAUAUGCAGCCAGGAUUCUGGAGUGUGCUGGAAUGAGUGGGUGUAACUCAUGUCAUACUCCCAUGGAGAGUAGACUUCGCUUAAGCAAGCAGGAUGAAAGUGCAGCAGUUGAUGCAACCUUGUACCGGAGCGUGAUGGGGAGCCUUCGGUACCUUGUUCACACACGGCCUGACCUUGCAUAUGCAGUGGCGUUUGCAAGCCGUUUCAUGGAGGCACCAACCAUUCAACAUUGGGCAGUUGUCAAGCAAAUUUUGAGGUAUAUUCAAGGUACUUUGAACUAUGGGUGCUGCUAUAAGUCUACUGGAAGCAAAGUUCAGCUAGUAGGUUAUAGCGACAGUGAUUUCGCUGGAGAUUGUGAUGAUCGAAAGAGUACUUCUGGAAUAGCUUUCUUCAUUGGAAACAACAUUGUCACCUGGACCUCACAGAAGCAAAAGGUUGUGGCACUAUCCUCUUGCGAAGCAGAAUAUGUAGCAGCUUCAAGUGCUGCGUGUCAAGGUGUUUGGCUUAGCAGGCUGAUUGGAGAACUCACUGGAAUCGGAGAUCAGCAAUUCAAGUUGCUGGUGGAUAACAAGUCAGCCAUAGCUCUUUGUAAGAAUCCGGUAUAUCACGGGAGAAGCAAGCACAUUGACACUAGAUUUCACUAUAUUCGUGACUGCAUCGAGACAGGGAAGAUGGACGUUGACUACGUCGGCACCAACGGGCAACUUGCAGACAUUCUAACAAAGGCACUUGUUAGAAACAAAUUUAUUGAAAUGCGUCAAGAGCUUGGUAUGGUUCGAAUCAACAUGAAGGAACGAGCUUAAGGGGGUGAUUUGUUAGUUAAGCUCGUGCUGCAAAAUAAUUGCAGCUAUUUCUGUUUUAGUUAAUGUUUAUUUUAUUUAAUCUGAUAGAUUAUAGUGGUUAUGGAAGAUUAUUUCUGGCCAAGUCUUUUCCUAUUUGUUAGGCAAGUUGGUUUAGUGGGUAUGUAACCCACGUUUGUAGUUUUUCAGUUUGUUAUUCCUAUUAUAAAUCAAUGGCAGCAGCCUGAGAAAUGCAGGGCAAUUUUUCACUGCUAAUUCCUUUGUUUUGCUUACUAGUCUGCACUAACUUUUAUUCCUGCUGCAACAACACUGUCUCUUUUUUUUUUGUUUCAAGGUCGGUUCAAACAACUCUCGAUCAGCAUCUUCUCCUUCCUUUGCGUCGGAAAGCAGCAGCGGAUGAAGUUCCUGUACAGUUAUGGCGGGAGAAUUGUUCCCCGUGGUGGCGAUGGAAGGCUCCGUUACGUGGGCGGUUUCACGCGCGUGCUUUGCGUGGAUGGGUCCAUUAGUUAUGCGGAGCUGAUGGUGAAGUUGUGUGAUGCGUGCGGAGAGGCGGUGAAGUUGAGUUGCAAGCUGCCGAGCGAGGAUUUGGAUGUUCUGGUGUCCAUCUGCGGCGAUGAGGAACUGGCGGUGGUGAUGGAAGAGUACGAGAAGGUGUCGAUGGAGAUGAAGAUCCGCGCCGUGCUUUCACCUUCCAAAAAGACCACGACGACGGGGUGGCCUCCUUCCUCCCCGUUGUCGUGUUUUGAUUUCCCGCCCAGGUUCAAUCAGCAGCAGCAGAAGCAGCAGCAGCAGCGUGUAAAAACAUACGGCGCCCAUCAGCCGCUGAGAACCUUAAUUGGGCGCUCUCGUUAUCUCGUUGCUGCUCCGGCCCGCUCGCUUCGGAAUUAAUUAAACUACUGUAUAUAUUUACCUAGCAGGUUAUAGCUAGUAAUUUGGUCAAAGCUAAGAUUGAUUAUUCAAAAAAUUACUAAUGAUCGAGAAAUAUAUUAAAGCACACUCGCUAGCUCCAUCAUAUCGAUCGCUAAGAGAAGAAAAACGACAACGAAACAUACUCGAUCGGUCGGUCAAUUCCUUCUAAUUUUCUUCUGUGGCCGGAUUACCUAGCUAAUUGCAUGUUAUAUACUAUCUACUUAGGAAGGAUUGAUCGAGUGAUAUAUAUGUAUAUAUAUCAUCAUUCUACCUACCUAUAUAUAUAUAUAUAGUUACUCGAAUCUGAUCUCUCGAUCGGGUACGUGGUUGCUGGUUUCGCCGUAUUGGAUCGAAAUUAUCAAGUUGCUAGCUGUAUGUUAGCCGCGCGUGACCUUUCGUGUUUCCCGUCGUAUUUGGCGUUACGUACAGACCCGGCCGCCCAUCUUCGCUUCCGUGGCCUUUCGGUGAUCGAGCCCACCACUGCACGUAGCACCCUUA